GACCAAAUUUGCCAUCGGCGAAAAGAAGAGAAGGAAAGUCAAGCCAAGACAAAUCCGCCUUGUUUUGAUUUGUUUCAACCGCUCCUCGUGAUAACUCCCCCCAUUCCUCUUCCCCUCCCGGCUCCCACCUCGCUCCCCAAACCCUAGCGGGAGCACUGAGCCGCGGCGGAAUGGAGUCGCACGUGUGGGUGGCGCUCGCCCUCUCCUUCGUCGGCGGCCUGAGCACCUCCCUUGGCGCGCUGCUUGUGAUCUUGAAUCCUACUCCUGACCUUAAGAGGCUCGGGCUCCUCCAGGGUUUUGCUGCCGGACUUAUGUUGAGCAUUUCGUUUCUAGACUUGGCACACAAUGCACUCAAUUCUAUUGGCUUCUUGAAGGCCAACCUUUGGUUUUUUGCAGGAGUUCUUUUCUUUGGUUUCAUUGUCAAGUUUAUUCCAGAGCCAACCUUUGUGCCAACAGACGAUGUGAUUAGGAAAAAGCAGACUGACGAUGAUGGCUCGGGUAAAGAUAUGAUGAAAAAGCAUCGUCGGCAAGUCUUGUUCAGUGGUAUCAUCACUGCUGUUGGAAUUAGCUUGCACAAUUUUCCUGAGGGAAUAGCUGUAUUUCUUGGAUCCGUGAAGGGUCUUCGCGUGGGAAUUAACUUGGCUAUUGCUAUUGCUUUACACAACAUACCCGAGGGUGUUGCUGUAGCCCUGCCACUCUAUUUUGCUACAAAAAGCAAAUGGCAAGCAUUUAAGUAUGCAACACUCUCUGGUUUUGCUGAGCCACUAGGAGUGGUUUUUGUAGCUGUCUUUUUUCCGAGCAACUUAAACCCUGAAAUUCUUGAAGGCCUACUUGCAUCAGUUGGUGGUGUUAUGGCUUUCCUCACUUUGCAUGAAUUGUUACCGCUAGCAUUUGACUAUGCUGGUCAGAAGCAAGCUGUCAAAGCAGUCUUUGUUGGCAUGGCCAUCAUGUCUGCAAGCUUGUAUUUCCUGGAGAUCAGCCUGCCAGAGGAGAUCGGCUUGUAGCAUAUGACUACACCACUGUAACCAUACCAGUUUUUCACAGUAUCUCUGAAGAGCGAGAGCUUUGCCGUAGAUGUUCCUUAAUCAUGGGGACGGAGCACUCGUCGUUCAGAAACAAGAAUUAUGGCUAGAUUGUUGCACUGGCCAUGCGUAUGCAAUUACUUCUGGUCAUGGCGUCUGACCAUUUUACAAUGUAUACAAACGACAGUACUGCCACCCAUUUGGGGUGGCGUGAGAAAAGAACAGAAUCAAAAUGCGUCCACCAGAUAAUUAGUUGUCAGGUAACAGGGUGCAGAUUCACCGUCUGCCACUAAUUGACGGUGUGGUUAAAAACAUCAAUGUUUGCCCAUUCGGCUUCUCAUUUCCUGACGAGCCUUCU